CCCCCGCCCCGCCCCGCGGGCGGUCACUGCGCGCGCAGUCGCGGCGCCGCCAUCGCGGCAGAUGCAGGCGAUCAAGUGUGUUGUGGUGGGCGACGGAGCUGUUGGGAAGACCUGCUUGCUCAUCAGUUACACCACAAAUGCCUUUCCUGGAGAAUACAUCCCCACUGUAGAUGUGAAGGUCACCACAAAAUUGUCACUGAUGAGGGACUCCUCCUUGGCAGGUUUGAUAACUAUUCUGCCAAUGUGAUGGUAGAUGGAAAACCAGUGAACCUGGGUCUCUGGGAUACAGCAGGGCAAGAGGACUAUGACCGACUGCGGCCUCUUUCCUACCCACAGACGGAUGUUUUCUUGAUCUGCUUCUCCCUCGUGAGUCCAGCCUCCUUUGAGAAUGUCAGAGCUAAGUGGUACCCUGAGGUCCGACACCAUUGCCCAAACACACCUAUUAUCCUGGUGGGCACCAAGCUGGACUUGAGGGAUGAUAAGGACACCAUCGAAAGGUUACGUGAUAAGAAACUGGCUCCUAUCACCUACCCCCAAGGCUUGGCCAUGGCUCGGGAGAUCGGGUCAGUAAAGUACCUUGAGUGCUCUGCCCUGACACAGCGGGGCUUGAAGACGGUGUUUGAUGAAGCCAUCCGGGCUGUGCUCUGCCCACCGCCCGUGAAGAAGCCUGGCAAAAAGUGCACCGUGUUUUGAGGGCUGUGGCCUCGGUGCUGGCUCAGCAUGUUGUCGUCCUCUGACAGAUUGCGUAUUAGCUGGGUGUUUCUGGAGGGGGCUGGGAUGUGUAGGGCCCUUCAUCAUGUACGAAGUCAGUGUUUUUUAAAUGUCUCUUUGAUUUAACGUCAGUGUUGAUGUGAAGGGGCAGUGGGGGCAGGAGACCAGCUGGGGGCUGUACAGCCCCCAGGGGAGGUACAAUGGGGAAGGCAAGGUAGCUCCUUCGGGCAGCAGGCUGUUUUGGCUCUCCUGAACUCUAAGCUGAAAGGCCUGAGACAUCUGUCCUGUCCUGGAAAUGCCUGUUUUAAACCUGCAGGUAAAACAGGUGGUGAAUAUCCUGGUGGGAGUGGGGAGGGAGCUGAUUUCAAUGGUGCUGAGAGACAACAGCAGCUGGGAGGGUGGUAGGGUCUCCUUGCCCAGCCUGCUGUGGCUAACAGUUAACAAACUGGUGCUCUAGCAGAAUGUGCCUGAGACUGUUAAAAAAAUCAUAACCAGCCCUGGAAGGGGUCGAAGUGAAAGAGAAGCUGAAGAACUAAUCAUUAGGUGCUUUAUUGGGUACUAGCCAAACUGUGCAUGAAACAGCUCUGUGCAAUCAAUGCAUUUGCCUUUUUGUGUGUGCACACCCUAGGACAGCAUGGUGCUGCUCCCCCCCAUCAGUCUUUAGCAGGGCCUCCCCCCAAAAUCCAGUCUCUGCAGAGCAGGGCUGGGGUUGUUGCCUCUAUUUUGUUUUUUUCUACUAAAGACAGCAAAGGAAGCAAUGAGAAGUCUGCUAACUUCUUUCCCUUCCCACUGAAAGUGCAGACAGGCUCUAUGGUUUUGGAUGGAACAGGGAGAGCUUCUGAAGGGUUGUGGGGGGGGGAACAGGGUUGGAAGAGAGGUCCAAUUUUUAAUCAUCAUGUAGAGUGACAAGAUAAAACCUUAUUUGGUGCAAUAAACAUCCUCCAUGACGAUG